UUUCUGCAAAUGUUUGAAAGAGAUGAUAAAAAUGAUAUUGACCGACAUAAUUCAUUAAUGAUUAGCGGAGACAAAAAUUUACAAAACCAGAAAAAGCCUAUUUAUGAUGUAUUUUUGGGGGGAUCUUGUGGAAAUACUUGUUGGAGAAGUGAGAUUGUUAUUCCUUAUCUAAAAAGGCAUGGAAUUACUUAUUAUGAUCCACAAAGGCCUGUUUGGAGUGAAAAUAUGAUAAGAGAAGAGCAGCGAGCAAAAGAAAAUUCUCGUAUUUUUCUUUUUGUUCUCGAUCCGGGAACAAUUAAUGCAACCUCCUUUCUUGAAAUUGCUUAUUUUGCAUCAAGAAAAGCUUCAAAAUUGGUUGUUGUUUUUCUUGGAAGGCACGAAUGGAGUGAUAAAGCAUUGAAAGUUGAUUUGCCUGACAGAAUUAGAACAUGCAAUUUAUUAGAAGCAAUAUUGAAACGUCAUUCGGUGUUAAUGCUAACCUCAAUUAAUGAAGCUUUGGAUUUUGUAGACGAAAAAAUAAUUAGGGACAAGCCGUUUAAUGAAGCUUUAUUAAGCAGUCAACAACGUUUACCUUAUCUAAAACUCAAUGCCCGUCGUUGCCUCAAUAAAUGUUCUGAAGGAUUAAAAAAAGCAAAAUCAUUUUGUAAAACUCGUCUUUUUGCCCAUUUUCGAAGAUUUACUAUUUUAUUGGCUUUUGAAAUGAUUUUGGUGCUCUUAUUUAAUUUUAUAUUAUCACCAUUUAUUCUCUCACCGGCAUUUGGUGCAACGGGAAUUUCUAUUUGGGUAUUGAUAAUCCCAAUUCUUGCUUUUAAUUAUUUGUUGUUAUUGGCUUUUGUUAUUUACUACAGAUUUAAAAGCAAUCGACGAAAACGGAAAAUUCAACGAACCCUUUUACUUCCAAUGCCCCCACUUCCAAGAGUUAGCACAAUGGGUGACAGUUUGUCACAACAUCAAAAUCAACAAAGUUUUCGAGGGGCAAGUCGGACAACAUUUUCCUCUUCUCAAUCCUCAAAUUCUUUGGCGGGAGGGAAUGGUUACGAGCCAAUGAUUGAAUUAAUUAUUAGUGGAAGUACAACUGCUGGAGUGAAACAACAGCAACAUUCUGUAGCUUAUAAUCGCCCUAAUCGAAAUAAAGAAAAACAAAAAUACCGAAUAUCCCCUACAGAAAAAAGUGAAAAAUUACGUCUUAAUGGUUGUUUAACUUCUCCUGUCGGUUAUGAUGUAUUUCUAAGCUGUUCUUCCUCUUCUGAAUUAGAUUGGAUUACUCAAAAAGCUGUGCCUGAAUUACAUAAAAAUGGACUAAGUUAUACUUCAGCAUUAAUGUGUGACAGUAGAAUGCGAAUUCCUUUUCUACACACUGCCAAUCAUAUUCUUUAUUAUAUUCCUUCUUAUAAAACCUUUCUCUCAGGGAUGAUUGAGGUAGCUUAUUUUAUUGGGCAUGCAGAUUGGCAAGUAACAGUUUGUGUCCCUCGUGAAGCUGAGUGCCUUGUAUUACUUGAUAGUCAAGCAGAAAAAUUAGAUCCAGAAAUUUAUGCAGCUGUUGAACGGAGAAAUGAAUGUUAUAGAAUGGCUUUUAGCUAUUUAAAAGAUAUGGCUGCAAGAAGACAAGUGAAAGUAUUUACUAGAGUCGAAGAUGCAAUUAGACACAUUCGUGAAAGAAACACAAAUGAUUUAAAACAUCAACAAUCUAAUAAUGAAACAGAAAAAGGCCAACAACCCCAAUCCUUUUCAAAAGAAAAUCAAACAGAAAUUGAUGAUCAAAAAGAAGAAACUUCAUCAUCUCCAUCAUUUGGACGUAAAACAGCACUUCGACAAAUCUUAGAAAAGCAACAUUUAGUAAAAGAAAGGACUAGCCAGAAUCUUUUGGCAUAUCUCCAAGAAGCCGCUGCGAGAGGGAAAAAAUUAGAAUUGGACUUGACAGAAAUUCGGCCAGAUUCUAAUGGGAAAAUAAAUGGAAUACAAAUAUCUGGAAGUUGUGGAAAUUUAUUAAAACCUAAUAGUUAA